ACAUUUCACUAUAUUUGAUAUUUGCAUUCUUUUCAUCCCAUCAUAAGAAGCAAUGAGCACGUAUUUCAAAAUUUUCUUUUUGUUAGCCAUGAUAAUGGCAUCAAGCAGUAUACUUUCAGUAGCAUCAUCUGUCGAUAAAGAAGAAGAAAUACUCCUAAAAGAUGACAAUGAAGCUGAAAUGGCUGAAUUAUUUGAUAUCCCCUUAAAUGAAACUGAUGAAAGUUCAUCAUCCAUUCGAGGGGCUAGUCGUUUUUUAUCACAAAAAUCACCUUAUUAUAAGUCCAAAACAAUACAAAAACGAAUGACUUGUAACAAGAACCCUAGAAUAUGUCGUGCCAAAGGCAGCCCGGGGCCAUUCUGCUGCAAGAAGAAAUGUGUAAAUGUGUUCACAGACAAACAAAAUUGUGGAUUUUGUGGGAAGAAAUGCAGGUAUAAUGAGACUUGUUGUAAAGGGCAGUGUGUUAACACUUUGUUUCACAAGAGGCAUUGUGGGGGUUGCAAUAACAAGUGCCAGAAAGGCAGUGCUUGUGUCUAUGGAAUGUGCAGCUAUGCAAAUUAGAGUAUACUCAGAGUAUUAAUUAGGAAGAUUAUAUCAUUUAUUUGGUUCUAGAAUUUAAUGUUUUAUUUGUAUCUGAUUAAUUAUAAGUAGUCAUUCCUUUUAUUGUGUAUCAAAUAAGGCUAU